AUGACCGAGAACGAAGACCUCCUGGCCAAGAUCGGCCAGCUGGCAGGCCAAAUCAAUCGACACAAGACUCAGUCAUCCCAGCCCCCAAGUGGCCAGUCCUCCUCACAAUAUGUCUCCCGACAUGCCCCCUCACACCCUGGAUGGGCGCCCUACUCGCGAGGAAGAGGACGUGGUCGUGCGCCAGCUCCGCAUCGCAAUCGGACGCUCGUCCUGAAUAACACAGGCGCAAGCUCCACACCCUCUCCCGGACCCGUGAGCGAAAACGACAACGAGGUGCGUUCAGCGACAACCUCGAACGGGUGGGUUGCGAAGCGCGAUCGCCACAUGCAGCUGAUCAACUCCGCUGUCUAUGACAAGGAGGCCCAAACCAGGGCCAAAGCGAUGGAGGAGACGCGGAGACUCAAAGCACAGAGGCGGGCACACCGUGAACAGACCAAAGUGCUUCGGUACGCGCAGAAUGCCCCAGUGUCUUCCUCGACUGCUCCAUCUGCCGGCCACCAGAUUCUUGUUCAUGAUCAGCCUUUCCAGAUUGCACGUGGUGGAAGCAAGCUGGUCCGCAUGUCAAGUAUGAAAAAUUCUGCGUCUCUGCAUAGAACUGGCUUACCCGUCCUAGAUGAUCCGAAUGCUGCCAAUACGACGCCAAAGCGAGUCACCGUGGCUGGCGUGGCCUUUGUGCGGAGCAAGAACGGCAACCUCCACCGCGUUGGAGCGGUGGCCUCGAAGAAGUCAGUUGGAACUUUUCAGUGUUGGACGCAGCCGUUUACUGACAGGGAGGAAUACAGAAACCCGACAGCAGUCAAGAAGCGCGACGAACUGUGCAAGAGAUUUACUACGACCGGUAUUUUGUUUUCCGACGGGCCAUCAUCUCGCAAAGUUGAGGUUGCCAAAGCUGACACUUUCGUUCUAGGGACCUGCUACAAAGGCCCGUCGUGCCCCUACGUGCACGACCCCAGCAAGGUGGCCAUUUGCAAAGAAUUUCUGCAGACAGGCAAAUGCAGCGCAGGUAACAGCUGUGAUCUUUCCCAUGAGCCCUCGCCCCACCGGUCCCCUACCUGUAUGCACUUCCUUCGUGGCCGGUGCUCUAACCCUGAGUGUCGGUACGCUCACAUCCGGGUGACCCCCGGGGCGCCAGUGUGCCGCGGCUUUGCGACUCUGGGGUAUUGCGAGAAAGGUGCCGAGUGCGAGGAGCGCCAUGUCCACGAAUGCCCGGACUAUGCCAACAACGGAAUCUGCCACAAGAAGCGCUGUCCGCUGCCCCAUGUGGACCGCGCCGGCCAGAUCCGGAAGGCAGCCGCGGCGGCGGCCAGCAAGCCUGAGCCGUCGGACCGGGAAGAAGAGUCCGAUCCGUCUAGUGAGGAAGAGGACUACGAUGAGAUCGACUCCGAUGACGUUGACUCGGAUGAGUUUGACGAGGAACUGGUCGAAGGCGUGGACCGCGGCGAGCUGUCGCAGCAACAGGACUUUAUCCACCUCUAA